AUGUUGUCUUCGUUGUCAUUCCGGUUGUCACGUGGAGUCUUGAGCACAAUAUCUCCUCCCAUUCCACACGCAAAAUCAUGGGCAGCAAAGUACAAGCCGACAAAAACACGACCCUUGCUGGACAUGUCGCAAGGUGUUCCAGGAAGUCCUCCGCCCAAAGUCCUUCUCGAGGCUCUUUCACACACGUCGUCUUCUCCAGCAACAUCAGGGUACUGCCAUGUUCUUGGAGAAUCUACCCUUCGUUCUGCCUUUGCGGAGGAGAUGAAAACAGUGUACGGACGAGAUAUGGAUGUUACCCAAGACGACAUUGCUAUCACGUCUGGGUGCAAUAUGGCAUUCGUCGCGACUGUGAUGUGUCUUGCUGAUCCAGGAGAUGAGAUUAUCCUGCCAGUUCCAUGGUAUUUCAACCACCAAAUGAGCCUGAAUCUUCUCGGCAUCAAAACCAUACCGCUAUGUACCCGCGCUGAUGAGGGCUUCCUGCCUUCAACAAGCGACUGCGAGAAGCUAAUCAAUCCUCGGACAAAAGCGAUUGCGCUCGUGACGCCAAACAACCCAACAGGUGCAAUUUACUCUCCCGCCCUGAUUUCAAUGUUCGCCGAGCUCGCACAGAAACACAAUAUUGCUCUCAUCCUUGAUGAGACCUACCGAGAUUUUGUGGAUACCAUGCCCCCGCAUACCCUUUUCUCUCCAUCUCAGACUGGCAUAUUGAAGUCCUUUUGGUCAUGGAGGUCGAACGUAAUCCAUCUCUUCUCCUUUUCCAAGUCUUACUGCUUCCCUGGACAUCGGCUGGGUUUGAUUGCAGCGUCACCCGACCUCUUGAAACAUGUCACCACCACACUUGAUUGCCUACAAAUCUGUGCGCCACGCCCUCCACAACUCGCUCUCGCCUCUCCUGGCAUGCUGCCUACAUUGCGCCAGUCAAUCCAAACCAGUGCUCGAUCGCUUAAAAUACGCCACGAUAUCUUCCGCACGCAUCUCCCUCCUGGCUGGACGAUUGGUUCCCAAGGCGGUUACUUCGCCUUUGUAAAGCACCCUUUUGUUGGGAUCCCUGCAAUCACAUUAUGCGAGCGGCUUGCGGAAGAGCUUGGCGUCUUGACCCUUCCCAUGCAGUUCUUCUGCGAUGAUAGCGUCGGGUCUGACCUUGAGUCACAUGGACAGUCGAAGACGGACUGGGAGCGCUGGAUUAGGUUUUCGGUGGCGAAUGUGAGUGAUGAAAUGGUAAAACAAGUUUGUGGGCGACUGCAUGAGUGCGAGCAGCACCUUGGUUUGAAAGUAGAGUAG